ACGAAAUGAAUAAAUAUUUGGUGGUAUGUAGCCUAUUGGGAGUUGUUUCCGGGAGGAAAUUAAGCAGAAAACCGAAACAAUUAAAAUUGUUGUAAAUCCAUCGCCAUCGCAAUGGAUAGCAAUGGCAAUCGCGUCAUUGUUUGUGACAAUGGAACAGGGUUUGUAAAAGUUGGAAAUGCUGGCUCAAACUUCCCUUCAUUUAUAUUCCCAUCACUUGUUGGCCGUCCAAUCAUCAGAUCAGCUGUCAAAGUGAACAAUGUGGAAAUUAAGGAUAUCAUGAUUGGAGAUGAGGCGAGUCAACUGAGAUCCAUGUUAGACGUGAAAUACCCAAUGGAGAAUGGUAUAGUCAGAGACUGGGAAGACAUGGAGCUGUUAUAUGAUUAUACAUUCGGACCAGAGAAACUUAACAUCAAUACAAGGGGUACAAAAGUGUUACUUACAGAACCUCCCAUGAAUCCAAUGAAAAACAGAGAAAAGAUGAUAGAAGUUAUGUUUGAAAAAUACCAGUUUGAAGGAGUCUACAUUGCUAUUCAAGCUGUGUUAACAUUAUAUGCUCAAGGUCUGAUCACUGGAGUUGUAGUAGAUUCCGGGGACGGUGUAACACAUAUUUGUCCUGUAUAUGAGGGCUUUGCUUUGCCUCAUCUUACACGACGUCUAGAUAUUGCUGGCAGGGAUAUUACAAAAUACCUUAUCAAAUUACUAUUGUUGAGAGGCUAUGCAUUUAAUCAUUCAGCAGACUUUGAGACUGUACGAAUGAUGAAGGAAAAGCUAUGCUAUGUAGGUUAUAAUAUUGAACAGGAACAAAAACUUGCCUUAGAAACAACAGUGCUAGUAGAAUCAUAUACAUUACCAGAUGGUAGAGUGAUAAAGGUGGGUGGGGAGCGCUUCGAAGCUCCUGAGGCCUUAUUUCAACCCCAUCUCAUAAACGUAGAAGGUGACGGAGUAGCGGAAAUGUUAUUCAAAGCCAUCCAAGCUGCAGAUAUUGACACGAGACCAGAAUUUUAUAAGCAUAUAGUGUUGUCAGGUGGUUCGACAAUGUACCCAGGAUUGCCAAGUCGCCUGGAGAGAGAGUUGAAACAAUUAUAUCUAGAGAGAGUUCUCAAAGGAAAUACAGAAGCAUUGAGUAAAUUUAAAAUUCGUAUUGAAGAUCCACCUAGGAGAAAGCAUAUGGUGUUCCUUGGAGGUGCUGUGUUGGCUGAUAUUAUGAAAGACAAAGCAGAUUUCUGGAUGUCGCGGGCCGAGUACCAAGAAAAAGGCAAAAACGUUCUUGAAAAAUUGUUGGGACCACUUAAAUAAGAAGUUUUACAAUAUAUUAUCUGUUAUUUCUUUUUAAAGAUAUUGAACAAUUUAAUAUUGAAAUGACGCCUAUGAUGAACAAAGACUUAUUUUAAGUGCAAGAAUCAAUACAGUUUGUAUAUUAAUUAGCGAUUGUUCAUUGUAAUAACAGUAUUUUUAGUGGUCUGCAACCAUCACUGUUUUAGUGUUGGGCAACCAGCUUAAUUGGGGCAACCAGCUUACUUGUAUAUCAAUUUAAACAAGAAAGUCAGUUUUUUUAGCAUAUCUUUAUCAUGUACAAAAUUUAGUUUUUGUGUUCGGAAAUAUGAGAAUUAGAUGAAACAUGAUAAAACUCGUACCAUUCCAUACACAUCAAUAAGUGUUAUAUAUAUUGAAAGUUAAUAUAGGCAAAAUACAACAAAAAGUCUCAUUAAAGGCUUUUGUAUGUUUCUAGGGUCUUAUAACUGAAUAGGAUAUUAUUCUUUUCAAGGGUUCAACUUGGAAUUAUUGUUAGUUAUCUUUCUUUAUUCCUAUGAACUUUUUACUUUAGCCAGAAUAGUAAUUUUGAAAUUGAAAUCAUGUACUAUAGUACCACCUUAUUGUUGCAUGACUUAUAUUCUAUCUCUUAUCAAUGUUACCUUGUUUAUUGAAUUAAAAUCUUAUUUUUUCAUAUUGAGGGUUUAAUAAACCCAGCACAAUAUAAGCUUUGAACGCUCUUGUUAUGGUCUGUAACAUUUAUUUAAAGUUGAUCUGGGAUGGAUUUUCUUAUGGAACAUGAUGUAGAUGCAUUAAUUUGGGCCAAAAAGUUGGUCAAUAGGUCACAAAGUAUCUGUGAUUUUAUAUUUAGAAUAUAUGACCAUGUUUCAUUUAAAUUUAGAGAACUCUGAAUGUUUUUCUAAAAUGAAGUUUUGUUUUUUGAUCACACGCACAUGUGAUUCAUUAUGUUACAAUGAUUGAAUUAUGUUAUGUAUUUAUAAAUUUUUAUGACAAUGAAUAUUCGCUAUUAGAAAGAAUAAUAAACUGUUGUACUGUCUUAUUAGGGCUCUAUGUAAAGCCACAUGACUUUCAGGGUACGAUUGACAUAACCCUUGUUGGACUUUGGAAAUAUUAUCUCAUUUCUGUACAGGUGCCACAAUUUAGUGCCAUCAUGAUAGCAGUCAAACUAUGUAUUCAUGUUGAUCAUUUUACAAAAAAAAAAGUGUUAAAGAGGGGAUUAACUGUUACUGAAAAGUAUUAUUCAUUUUUCAAUACUGCAAAAAGAGAAAAAAAGCCCGAAGGCAUCUCUUCAUGGAGAUUCGCACCUGCAGUGCCCUAUAUUCUGCUUAAAAUAUUUGAUCAAUAGAGCCCAUUCUUAUUACCUUAAGUAAUUGAAAUGGUUUUUAACUGUUAUGGAAGGAAAUAUUUAUCAAAAUUUCAUAUUUGUAAUUUCUUUGUCUAUUUAUUACGAACCCCUUUUUUUCUUAAUAUGUUAAUGUUAUGUCCAUACCCCUUACAUGUCUUAUGCACAAUGACCAUAAUGAUAUUGUUGAGCGAAACUUUUAACAUGCAAUAUGUAUGUUUAUUUAUCUCUUCUUAUCUCUUAAAUCAACAUUAUUUGUGCUUCAUUUCAAGAAAUAAUAUGCAUGUAUAUAAAAUUGUUUGUAUCAAUGAAUUAUAUGCUAACAUUGUUA